AUGUGGCGGGAUCGCACCAACCUCUACAUCUCCUACCGGCAAUCCUUUGCGCACCAUCCGACGAAGAAGUCGCGCUUCGGUGCUGCAAAUGGCUUCGAUGCUGGCCCCCAGCCGGAGGAGAGCCGGCGCCUCAUCUCCGAAACGGGUGGCUUCGAGGAGGAUGGGGACAUGGUGAUUGAGAUGGACCUCCUUCCUCCCCGCUGGGUGGACGUGCAGGACGAAGUCUCCGAACUGUUGGCGGACAUUGCGCAAAAGUCCGCCGAGCUGGAUAAGCUGCACCAGAAACACCUCCUGCCGGGAUUCGGCGAUGAAGAGCUCCGUCGGCAGAACGAGGGGAUCAUCGAGCGGCUCACGCAAGACGUCACGCGCGGCUUUCAUCAAUGUCAAAGUGCCAUUAAACGCAUUGACGCCAUGGUGCGGGAGGCCAGGCAGCAGGGCGGAGUCACCAGCGGCGAGGAGACGAUGGCCAAGAAUAUCCAGAUUUCUCUGGCGUCGCGGGUGCAGGAGGCGAGUGCGCGUUUUAGGAAGAAGCAGAGCACUUAUCUCAAAAAGCUCCGCGAUCUGGACGGCAUCUCGACGCCCUUUGAACGCUCCCCAACUCCCGCGCAGAACCCAUUCACGGAUCCGUCCCUGAUGGAAUCCGAAGUCGACAAAUCCUUCUCGCAAACAAUGCUGAUGCAAACCCAGCAACGCGCGACGGGCCAGAACGAUGCGGCCAUUGCCCAGCGGGAACGGGAGAUCAACGACAUUGCCAAAGGCAUCAUCGAGCUCUCGGACAUCUUCCGCGAACUCCAAGCCAUGAUCAUCGACCAGGGCACAAUGCUUGAUCGUAUCGAUUAUAAUGUCGAACGCAUGAACACGGAAGUAAAGGCAGCCGAGAAGGAACUGAAAGUGGCGACAAAUUACCAACGCCGCACGACGAAGAGAAAAGUCAUGCUUCUUUUGGCGCUCGUGGUCAUAGGCCUGAUCAUCCUUUUGGUCGUGAAACCCAAAAAGCAAAGCUCUUCUGCUCCUCCCCACCGCCGCCACAGCAGCCCGAGGAAGAAUCAUCAAGUAACAUCCGGUCUGUCCUGCUGGCUCGAGGUGCAGGGACCGGAAUGA